ACUCUCCCUCCCAAUCCCCCACCCAAAGCUCUCCAAACAAAAGCACUCUUUUUCUUUCGUUUCUUUUUGUUAUUUCUUCUUUUUUUUUUUGCAGUGAUGGCUGAGCCUGCAACAGCAACCCAAGCAGCAGCACCAGCAGUACCUCAGCUGAAAGAUGAGCUUGACAUUGUUAUACCAACUAUAAGAAACUUGGACUUUCUUGAGAUGUGGAGGCCAUUUUUUGAGCCUUACCAUCUCAUCAUUGUUCAAGAUGGUGACCCUUCAAAGAUUAUCAAGGUCCCAGAUGGCUUUGAUUAUGAACUUUACAACAGAAAUGAUAUUAACAGGAUUCUGGGUCCCAAGGCUUCUUGCAUUUCCUUUAAGGACUCUGCUUGCCGUUGCUUUGGUUACAUGGUCUCCAAGAAGAAGUAUAUAUAUACCAUUGAUGAUGACUGCUUUGUUGCUAAGGACCCAUCUGGCAAAGCAAUCAAUGCACUUGAGCAGCACAUCAAGAACCUGCUAUCCCCAUCCACCCCGUUCUUCUUCAACACUUUAUAUGACCCAUUUAGAGAGGGUGCAGAUUUUGUCCGUGGAUACCCAUUCAGUCUCCGUGAGGGUGUUCCAACUGCUGUUUCUCAUGGCCUGUGGCUAAACAUCCCAGAUUAUGAUGCACCAACCCAACUUGUGAAGCCUCUUGAGAGGAACACCAGGUAUGUGGAUGCGGUUCUGACAAUCCCAAAAGGCACCUUGUUCCCCAUGUGUGGUAUGAAUUUGGCAUUUGACCGUGAGUUGAUUGGCCCUGCCAUGUACUUCGGACUCAUGGGUGAUGGUCAGCCAAUUGGACGCUAUGAUGAUAUGUGGGCUGGCUGGUGUGUCAAGGUUAUAUGUGACCAUUUGGGAUUGGGAGUCAAAACGGGUCUACCUUACAUCUAUCAUAGCAAAGCAAGCAAUCCAUUUGUGAACCUAAGGAAGGAGUACAAGGGUAUCUUCUGGCAGGAAGAGAUCAUCCCAUUCUUCCAACAAUCUGUCCUUCCAAAAGACUGCACCACUGUUCAAAAGUGCUACAUUGAACUGGCUAAGCAGGUCAAGGAAAAGCUUAGCAAAGUUGAUCCCUACUUUGACAAGCUGGCUGAUGCCAUGGUAACAUGGAUUGAAGCCUGGGAUGAGCUCAACCCUGCUGGAGCUUCUUUGGCAAAUGGCAAAGCAGCGUAGAAAGUUUUCAACACACGCAGAUGCCAUGGUCACAUAUCUUGAAAGCUUGUGCUCGACACAGCUGGAGUUCCUAGGCCCAAUGGCAAAGCGAAGUAGAAAAUAUGCCACAGAUGCCAUUAUUUCUCUACAUUUGUUGAAUUAGUAGUUUUACUCUCUUAUUGUAUCUUUAUUUGUCUUCUUCUUGACUACCUGAAGUUUCGCAGAUUUUGGCGUGAUGUAAUGUAAUUUGAUCAACUUUAUGUUAUGAAGUUACAACAAUAAAAUGCAUCAGUUGUUUUUA